AUCCAUCAUUAACCCGGGGCUAUUAGGCUGGUCCGGGCUAUGGCUGCACCCACCGUACAUGUGGACGACGACUGGCCGAUCCUGGGUGAUUUGAGCAUGGUUGCAGACCAGAGGCUUCUGCCGCACAAAGGCCGCGCGGCCGCCGCGGGGGAAGCGGCUGCCGCGCCGCAGCUCCUCCCGGAUAAUGAUGACAUCCCCGAGCUGCACGACGGCAGCUUCUCCCCGGGGGAAACCGGUGCGAUCAGGUCCAUGCAGGACCUGGUGAACGAUUUCGACGAGAAGCUAUCCGCGUGCUUCCGAAACGUUAACGCCAGGACGGACAGCAUCGCUCCUGCGAGUGUGAUCGCCGAGGACUCGCUGCUGGAGAAAGACGAGAUCUGGAACGCGUUGACCAGUAACUACGGCCGCGUGAUGCCGGUGGAUUGGAGGCAGUCUCGAACACGCUCCCUCCACAUCCCCACAUUCAGCCCGGUGGAGAAACCCAGAAAGGCUGAUGUUACUGCGGAGCUGUCGGACGACGAGGAGCUGAGGGAGCAGCUGGACAUGCACUCCAUCAUCGUCUCCAGCCUCGCCGAGGAGCCGCUUUUCACAGCAGAGCAGGUCAUCGAGGAGAUAGAGGAGAUGAUGCAGGACUCUCCUGACAUGGACGCAGAGCACAACCCCUCUCAUUCGGACCUCUCAAUGCUCUCCCUGGACGUCCAGCGGGCCACCAGCAGCCCCAGCUUUGAGAAGAGGGUGAGGACCCUGAGUGUCGCGGAGCUGAAUGAACGUCUGGAGGAGAUGGAGGCGAACAUCAGGAGGUUCUCAGAGGAGCUGGUGCAGCAGCUGGCUCACAGAGACGAGCUGGACUUUGAGAAAGAGGUGAAGAACAGCUUCAUCUCGGCGCUCAUCGACGUACAGAACCGGCAGAAGGAGCAGCGGGAGCUGCUGAAGAAGAAGAAGAAGCUUAAAGGCGGAGCCGGGACGUCGCAGGGCCACGCCGAGAAGACGCUCGGAUCGCGCUUCAGCGUGGAGGGCCUCUCCUCUGUCAUUCAGAACAGCUUCCGGCAAACUUUUGGGAGCGGGUGCAGCGAAAGACAGUAUUUGACCACAGUCAUCCCUUAUGAGAAAAAAGGACACCCUCCUUCGCUCGAGGACCUCCAGAUCCUGACAAAGAUUCUACAAGCUAUGAGAGACGACAGUGACAAGGUGCCCAGUCUCUUAACAGAUUAUAUUCUCAAAGUGCUUUGCCCAACAUAGACCAGAGGACCGGUGCCUAACACUCUGCAGAGGCUUCAGAUAUUUUCCCAAGGCAACAAGAUGAAGAGGACUCAUUGGGGUUUUUUUUGACAUGAAGCACACUUAAUUUAUUCCUGCAUGUUUUUACGUCAAGAUGUGUCUUUUUUGUGUUCUUUCAUUUUGUGUUGAGCAUUGUGAUUUUGUGAACCUGGUGUGUCCCUGUCAAUUUUGACUUCUUUUCAGUGUUUUUAGUUGUUAAGCACUGUGAAAGAGUAUUCUGAAAAAUGUAAAAUUAUGUGAGAAACAUACCCUGAUAGACAUACCAGCACAGGAGUGGCACUGUUUGGAGACUGAGCCUUGCUUGCUGGUUGAGCUGCAAUACAAAGGGCUUUGUAUUUAACUACCGACUGAACAAAUGCACAAAGCACGCUGAAAACAGAAGAAUAAAAUAAAAUCAAAUAAGAUUUUAUUGAUCCCCACGAGGGAAUCAGUAAGUACUGCAGCAGCAUAUGAGGCAGGAUAAAGAUAUAUAAAAAUAUAUAAUAAUAUGAAAUAAAUUACUUUUUACUUACGUUGUGCAUAAACAGAAUCUAUGUGCAAAACCUUCAUACAGUUCAACACAGCCUUCCAUGUAGCAGCAGACAAAGUGUGCUAACUGCUUUUACCUCAGCAGAGAAAUACAUACAUCAUCAUGAUCAUUCUAUGGAAGAUAAAGUGUUGUUGUCAAAGUGAUGAAGUCUGAACUAACUAUGCAUUUGACUGAAUACUGAAUUGUGACCUGUGCACUGUCUGUGCUUUCCUGACGCUGGCUGGAGCUCUGAAUCAGAGACUCGAGCGUGCCUGCUGUGCACGGGGCAGCGUACGCCACGAAUGGGCAUUGUUACUCUCUAUGUAUUCUUGAAUAUGAACAAGCUGCCUUUGCCUGAACUUUUGUACAUUAUAAAUUACUUAUUUUCAAUGAAUGUCAAAUUUGCUGGACUACGUACAGAACCUGCUUCAUUGUUAAUUUAUUUUGUAAAUAUUUUAUUUCAAAUAUAUUGAUAAAAUCA